AUGGAGGAGACUGCGGUCCGCGCUGCCGUGACGACAGGCGACGUGGUGGCGCUACAAGCGCUGCUGGACAAGGGCGUGCAUCUCGAUGCGAAGGACCAGGACGAGCGCACGCCGCUGCAUUGGGCCUGUGCUUCUGGACGUCUGAACGUGGCCGAGUUCCUACUGACACGUGCUCGAGCGUCGCUGGACGUGCAGGACGACGCCGGGUGGACGCCGCUCAUGAGUGCGGCGUCGGCUGGUCACGCUGAGAUCGUCGGACUGCUACUGAGCAGCGGCGCGAGUGCGGAACUCGGCAACGUGAACGGACAGAUCCCGCUGCACUACCAUCGAGGACGACGAGAAAUCGCCGAGCUGCUGUUGGACUAUACGGCGGACGUCAACCAUGCGGAUACUACGGGGAGCACUCCGCUGAUGCGCGCGCUGGGUGGCAAACCCAGUCUAGCAAUUAUCGCGCAACUUGUUGAGCAUGGUGCAAAAGUUGAUGGUCGCGAUGUCGAUGGCAACACUCCGUUGCACUUGGCUAUCAGCGAGGGACACGAAGAUAUUGCGCGGUAUUUGCUGGAGCACGGAGCCGACCCGAGCGCAAAAAACAACGAAGGGAAGCGCUGUGUUGACUUGGCGAAGCCUGCAUUCCAAGCUGAACUUCAUGCUUUCGUGUCCAAGCAGAAGGGAGUCGAUGAUCGUCUGUAA